AAUCACAAUCGAGGAAACAACACUCCUUACGUCAUUUAAAAAUGGCCGCGGCAGAAAGGCUCAAGGACUCGGUAAGGAGACUUAAUAGCACUCGUAGGAUUAGAGCAACGACUCCAACAUCUUCAAAUCAUGUCCAAGAUAUUAAUGUUGAAGAAGAACUGGCCAAAUUGCAACCUUCUCAACGGCUUCUGGACUCCUACAGGAAUAAGGUUGGAAAGUUUGAUGAAGAACACCAACACAUGCUGCAGUUAAUUGAAAAAUAUCAACAAGUAACAAAACCUACCUUUGUUGAGGAUGAGCGGAGACAGUUAACAGGUGAACUAAUUGAACUUAGAUCUGCACUGUCAGAUAUCAAUGUAUUUCUUCAUGCUGAACGCCAACAAGUUAUUCGACUGCAUGCAGAAAAUGAACGGCUGCAAUUGGACAACCUGGAGUCAGAAAAAAAGGUUGCUCUCUUAUUAUCACUGAGUGGUCUCUCUGAAGGGGAAUUAAAGGUGUUCCUGCGGGAUCCUCGCAGAACAACUAUCAUCAAGCAGAAGCUCCCACCAGAACUUAAGAAGCUUCACAACAAGCUAAAGAAAAAUGUUGAGGAACCAGUGGAGACGGAAGCCGGGUUAACCUUGAGAGCACGUAUAAAAUCUCUUGAGGUACAAUUGGAGGAAUCACAGAAAACCUGGAGAGGAGAAAGAAAUGCUUUCAUACAAGAUAGAGCUCUCUCAGCCUCCGAGAGUAAAGCACAAACAAGCAAAGAUGAAGCACAUAUUAAACUGCUCACUGUUAAACUGGAAGAAGCCCAAAGCCAUUUAAGUGAAGCAGUUAAGGAUACGCUUAAAAAAAAUGCUGAAGUACAAGAAUUAGAAAUGGCUUGGUUGGCUGAGAGAGAUCACCUGUUGUCUGUUUUGGCUACAGUCCAAGAAAACCUCCCAUUGGCCACUCAGAUGCAGGCUAUAGAAAGAUCUGGAAGUUACACUGACCUAUCUAAGAUGAAAUCUACAUGUGAACUGAAAGAGCUUCGACGGGAGAAUGAAUCGCUGAAGCACGAGAUGAUUGAGGCAGAAGAAUUACGAACUAUGUACGAGUCCCAGUGCCUGCAUCUUGAACAGAACAUGUGUAAACUUAAAGAACAGAAGGAAGCUGUUGACCAGUUGUAUAAAGAACGGAAUCAGAGCCUCAUCCAGCAGAUAGAAAUGCUUAAGCAAGAUAGAAAACGUUUAGAUGAGCGACGAAGAAUAGAUUUGAAGGGUUUCCAGUCUGAUAUUCGACUGUUGAAGAAUGAUGUAAAGACUGUGGUCCAUCAGCUCUAUAAGAUUACUGUGGCUAUGUCUGGUGGAGAUGGCCUACCUGUGGACUUCAGUGCUCUCAGUGAAAUGCAGGCAGUGGCAGCUUUAGCAAGGACCGUACAGAAGACAAUUGGUGACACCAAAAGGAAAAUCCUGAAGUUAGAGAAUGAAAUAAACAAUGCUUGUGAAUGAGUUUAUUGUGUGUAAAUGACAAACUGUGAUAAGAUUUAUUUCAAGUGCAGUACCUGCUAAAAUCAGACAAAAAUAAAGGAGUUUUAUAUUAUAUAUUCAAGGUGACAACUGACAGGAAAUGCUUUCUUGUUCAAUAGCCAUCAAAUCUCUGCCAGCUUUAUAACAAGUACUUAUUGUGAUGACUAUUAUUGUAUAUACAUAAAUUGACAGUGAAGGACCUCAGAUUACAUGUAUUAGGAAAACAUUUACUCAAGAAGUUGAAUAAUCUUAUCAUGUUAAAAGCAACUCCCUUCUGUCAGUGACAUCAUCUUAGUGGUCCUGGUUACUAAGGAAACCAUUACUUUUGGUCCAGCUUUUGAUGUUUUGCACCACACAGGAAUACAUUUGAAUCUGUUUUUAUUUUAAAAGUGUUGUAUGGUGAGCUAUUAGGAUCUAUAUCGUUCUUGGCUACAAUGAAAGUAAAAUAUUUGAAUUUUUCUCUUCAGUUAUACAGUACAGUGUUUUAGUUUUGAAAGCUAGUCAUUCAGUGGGCAGGGAAGUCUAAGUGUAGAAAAUUGUGGAACCAAACGGGGGGAGAGAUCUUCAUCUAGCAUUGGACUGAUGCAAGCCAAGAAUGAUGGCAAUGAAUGUACAGGUAUUUACCUUCAAUAAGGGUUGGUGGCACAUUAGGACUCGUCACCAAACAUAUUAGUAUUCAACUUUCUCCUUUACCCCCAUUGGCUUCCAUGUAGGGGGAGCAGUUGUCACUUGCUUAAUUUUAAGUUUUGAUAAUGAAUUAACAGAUUAGUAUUGCUGAGGCGACAAAAUUAUAAGAAAGAGACAAUGAUCGUGUAAAAAAGAAAUAUGUGAAAUGUGAUAGAAAACAUCUAUGAGGUUGCAAUAAUACGUAUAAUAUCUUCAUUUACAAGCUGAUGAUCACAAUUAUCUUUAAAGCACUUCCUUUAGCUGCUUUGUUGAUUCAACCUCACAUGUGGCUGGUUGGUGGAAGGGACUUCAGUGCACUAUAGUACUUCAGUUGGGACUGGGCUAUAAUUGUAAUGGUUUGGUUUUGGACUGAUAAUUCAUCAGAACUGCAUGAAUUUGGUAGACUUGUGUACAUCUCUUCAAAAUUCAGGGAGUUCAUAACCUGUCGGUUCCUCAAUGUGACAGUCUCUAUAAUUAGUUAAAUGGGCUAAUCAUGUGAUAACUUUGCCUUAAGCUUUGUAAUUUUUUAUUUUCCAAUAUUUAUUUUUUACUUGACGUAUUUUGUACUCUCUGGGUGUUAAAAGUGUUUGUAUGUCAGGUAACUUUUAUUACCAGAGUUUUGCCCUGAAGGUAGAUACAGUACUGUACCAUACUGUAUAUUUUUUUAUUGGUCAUAGCACAGAUGAUGAUGGGUCCUGAUAUUGUCAUUAGAGGAAGGAUUUAUGUAUACAGUAUUUUUCUAUAGAGUUUGUUCAGCACCAAAAAAAAGAUAUUCCUGGUUAUGAAUUAUUUAUAAACAAAGUUAUAUACA